AUUUUACAUCAAUGAUGUUACCCUGCUCGUUAAGGUCAUUUCUUUCGCCAUUUUACUGAACAUAGAGGGAGUCAGUCAAGAAAAUUAGUUCAUGAAGUGACCUCCUCGCGUGUGGGUGUCUGGGUGUGUGCAUGUCCCACUUAUUCUUUAAUGGAGAUCGCGAAUAUAGUACCCCUAAAAGUGUUUUCUGUUAACAGGAGGUCCCGUGGCUGUCCUCCAUUUGUCUGUCCCAUAUUUCCGCUUGUCACUUAUAGCAUUUAUAAGAACCAUCUGAUUUUGAAGUUUUAAUGUAUCACAUAGGCAUCCAUGAUACAUACUUUCAAUUAAAGUAAUUUGCAUAUACAUGGACAUUAGCUGGAUUUCCCACAUAGUCUCAACAAUUAUUCGAAAAGUAUUUUUUUCUCUCUGCUAUGACAUGUUAUUUUUCACAUUGGACUCUAAGGGCCGCUGUUUCUCUUCAAAGCAAAUAUAAAGAUUUAAACUGCAGUUACACCUCCUGCAUUUCCUCUUAUGUACCACGGAGAGCAGAGCAUUCGGUCUUUAUUUUCAUCACGGAUUGUUAGUCUGAUAAUUUCGUUCUCACACUGUGGAUUAUAAACACAUCAAGAAAAAGACGAUACUGUGUAUUUGGCAGGUUUUUACCGACGCUUGGAAUUGGAUUGAUUGCUUCAAGAAUAUGCAUCUUAUCAGCAGGGAACACACGGUUCAGUGGCAAGUACGGGCCUUCAUCCUUGUUUUCCUCAUCGAGGCGACAGUCUGCCAGAUCCGCUACUCUGUCCCAGAAGAGAUGAGAAAGGGCUCUUUUGUCGGAAAUGUGGCUGAAGAUUUAGGUAUCGAUGCUAAAAGGUUGAAAUCAGGCGGUGCUCGAAUUGUUAGCGGGGAUAGCAGCGAGUAUAUUCGGCUGGAUGUAGACAAAGGAAUUCUGGUCGUGGGAGACAGAAUAGAUAGAGAGCAGCUCUGCGGACAGACAUCGCCCUGUAGCUUGAAUUUUGAAAUGAUUUUGACGAAUCCAAUGCAACUGCAUAGCGUUGUAGUCGAAGUAUUAGAUGUUAAUGAUAAUGCCCCCGCGUUUCAUGAGAAAGAAAUGCAUUUAGAAAUCCUGGAAUCAGCUCUUCCAGGAACUGAAAUAUUACAAGUGAGUGCAACAGACCCUGAUGUUGGUAUCAACGCUUUACACGACUAUACGUUACAGCCAAAAACGCAUUUUAAUAUUAAGGUGCUGUCCAGCCCAAAUGGGCAUAAGUAUGCACAGCUGUAUCUUUCUGGUGCAUUAGAUCGUGAGAAAGAGGAGAAGCUGCUUCUCACGUUAACAGCUGUGGAUGGGGGUGAACCACAGCGAUCAGGUACACUGAAAAUACACAUAACUGUCCGAGAUACAAAUGACAAUGCCCCCGUUUUUACGCAAUCAGUUUUUAAGGCCUCAGUUAAAGAAAAUGUUCCAAAAGAAACAUUAGUGGUGAGGGUGAGUGCGACAGAUGCAGAUGAAGGGAUGAACGGCCUUGUUACAUACCACUUUAAUCGUAUGUCCAGUAGUGUUGCUCAACUAUUCCAUCUGGAUGAAAACAGCGGUGAUUUAACUGUAAAUGGUGUUAUUGAUUACGAAGAGAAUAAAAUAUAUGAGAUUGGCGUUCAGGCAAAAGAUCAAGGUGGACAAAGCACAUCAACGAAUGUGAUAAUUGAGGUGACCGAUGUAAAUGACAAUGCACCUAUAAUAACACUCACUUCGUUUUCUAGUGCUAUAGCAGAGGAUUCUCCGAGUGGAACUACUGUUGCUAUCAUAAAUGUUAAAGAUCUAGAUUCAGGAAAAAAUGGUAAAGUAGACUGCUCGGUUAACGGAAAUAUCCCGUUCGCAAUCCACUCCUCUCUGAAGAAUUAUUACACUCUCGUCACAAACGGAGUCCUGGACAGGGAGCGUAAUCCUGAUUACAACAUCACUUUCACGGCUGUGGAUGAAGGCAGCCCACCACUCUCAACUAACAAGACAAUAACGCUGAGAGUGUCAGACGUAAAUGAUAAUGCUCCUGUAUUUGAACAAAGUUAUUAUGAAGCUGAUAUCAUGGAAAAUAACUCCCCAGGAUUAUCUGUGUUUUCGGUGAAAGCACAGGACUCUGACUCGGGUCAGAACGCACGAGUCUCUUACCUGCUUAUUGAUACCGAGUUAAAUGGCAACCCCAUAUCCACCUAUAUAUCUGUAAACGCAGAAAGUGGAGUUAUAGAGGCGGUGAGAUCAUUUGACUAUGAGCAAAUUAAAACCAUAAAUGUGUUUGUAAAAGGACAGGAUGGAGGUUCGCCACCUUUAAGCAGCAAUACCACAGUUAAAUUAAAUAUUCGAGAUCAGAAUGACAACCCUCCUCAGGUCCUGUAUCCAGUCCAGACUGGUGGCUCUGUGGUGGCUGAAAUGGUGCCUCGUUCAGCAGAUGUGGGCUAUCUGGUGACCAAAGUGGUGGCUGUUGAUGUGGACUCUGGACAGAAUGCGUGGCUGUCGUAUAAACUGCAGAAAGCCACAGACAGGGCUCUGUUUGAAGUGGGCUCCCAGAAUGGAGAGAUCCGAACCAUCCGCCAAGUGAGUGAUAAAGAUGCAGUGAAACAGAGACUGAGUGUUAUAGUGGAGGACAACGGUCAGCCCUCUCGUUCAGCUACAGUCAUUGUGAACGUGGCGGUGGCGGACAGCUUCCCUGAAGUUCUGUCAGAGUUCAGUGACUUUCCACACGACAAGGAGUACAAUGACAACCUGACUUUUUACUUGGUGUUGGCUCUGGCUGUGGUCUCCUUCCUGUUCAUCACGUGUUUGGUGGUUAUUAUCUCAGUGAAAAUCUACAGAUGGAGACAGUCUCGCAUCCUGUAUCAUUCCAACCUGCCUGUGAUUCCAUAUUAUCCUCCACGUUACUCAGACACUUUGGGGACAACAGGGACUCUCCAGCACGUGUACAAUUACGAGGUGUGCAGGACGACAGACUCGAGAAAGAGUGACUGUAAGUUCGGCAGAGCUGGUAGUCAGAACGUGCUGAUCAUGGAUCCCAGUUGUUCAGGGACGAUGCAGCGGAUGCAAAGUGAGAAGAGCAUCCUGGAUGAACCAGACUCUCCUCUAGAGGUGAGACUUUUUGACAAAUUCAUCCCCACCACAAAUUAUGCUUGCUUUUUUCAAAGGUUCAUUUUACUUUUUGGGCUCAUAUGUAACAAGUAAUCCAUGAGGCAUUUUCAGUUCAGUACAGCUCCACUGACACAAGUUUAAAUGUCAUUUUUGAACUGUUGCUUAAUUGGCUGUGGAGCAGGAGGCUAUAGUUGUGUUAAAG